AUGGCUAGUCGUCGCCAGAAAGCCAUAUCUCGCUCUGUUCAGCGGGCGCUGUUUCGCGACCCAGGCACCUUCAAGCAGAAUAUCAUCCAGUGCAUCCUCGCCUUCUUCCGCAUCUACUAUAUCACGCUGCUUCGCUAUGAACAGGAGCUCUUCCGCAAGCUGCGCACGGAGGUAUGGAGAAUCAGCGAGGAGGACUACAUGUCUUCUUUCCUGAGUGAUGAGAAGACUGUCCCGCUGGUCUCGAUGGGUGAUCUGGGAUUCUCGGGUUCCACCUUCUUCCGCACGUCCAACUCUGCCUUUCUCGUCAAAAGCGUUCCUAGACACUUUGAGCACUCCUUCUUCCGCGAGGAUCUCCUAAGGCCGUACUUCGACUACAUGCGGACUCACCCCGAGUCCCUACUCGUCUGGAUAACAGACUACCUCUACGCACCGUACCGAUCCAUCGGGAGUAUCCUCCGCACGUCGCCAGGGCACCACAUCAUUAUGGAAAACGUACUGUACGGGAAAGCAGAGGAUCCCAACGCGGAGAAGUGGGAGACGUACGACCUCAAGCCGAUCGAUUACUUCUACCCAGAGCGGGACCUCGUACCUGACCCGUUGGUCUCGAAAGACACGCUAUCGAGGCUCGCUGAUAAGUUUGAGGAUAAGAUUAGGCUGACGCGGAAGAACUAUGAGGCUGUCAAGCGGACGUUAGAAACAGAUACGGCGUUCCUCGCGUCCGCGGAUGUCGUUGACUAUUCUCUAUUUCUGGUGCGGUUCCCGGCUUCCUCGAGUCCGGAUAAUGUUGGCAGGAAGACGCAGUGGCGCAUGGGUGUCACGUCUGCCGAUGGAAAGUGGAAAUACCGAGCUGUUGUGCUGGACUUCUUCUGGGCUAAGCAUACGCUGCAUGCACAGGCGAUGACAGGGGCUGUCCAGGCGUUCAAUGUAAUCGGGCGACAGGGUCCGAUGAGCAUUACCACGACGGCGAAAGAGUACCGCGAAAAAUUUCUGACUAUGGUGGAUGAAAUGAUGGAGGUACACACUCAAUCACCGGAGUAA